CCUCACAAAAUAUUGAGUGCGCGAACGUUUUGUUUACAAUUUUUGCUUCUAAAAAGUUUAUUUCCUGCUAAAUGGCUGAUAAAAGCAAGAAUCCCACAACUUCCGGCGGUGCUGGUGGUGAUGGCAAGGAAAAAGAAAAACGCCGAAAGGAAUCAAUUUUGGACCUCAGUAAGUACCUGGAGAAGACAAUUCGGGUGAAGUUUGCUGGUGGAAGGGAAGCAGCAGGUGUCCUCAAAGGGUACGAUCCCCUCCUCAAUCUUGUGCUGGACAAUACAACAGAAUUCCUCCGAGAUCCCGAUGAACCAUUCAAAUUGGCAGAAGAUACGCGAAAUUUGGGAUUAGUGGUGUGCCGAGGUACAUCAGUUGUCCUGAUAUGCCCCCAAGAAGGCAUGGAAUCAAUUCAGAAUCCAUUUAUAUCACAAGAUGCUUAAUUUCUGGGAUCUCAUUUAUUAAAAUGUCAUCUGUA